CAUAUAUUUUCCGUAGAAAAAUCUUUUCUUAUUGUUAGUUCUCUUGCAUAUCUGCAUGUGUUUAUUCUUCGUAGAGAAUUUUUGCAUGUGAUAUUUCUGUAGUUUUCUUGAUACCACAACUGUUAAAUUUAACUAAAGCUUGUUGAAGUCAAUGCUCAUACUUGGGCAGAUUGAUGUUCUGCUUUGGCUUCAUUUCUGUGAAUAUUUUAUCUCUAGAAAAAUCGUGAUAAGUGGACAAAAAAAAUGAUAGUGAGAAUUUAUGCUGACUUGCUUAUUUAGAGACCUCUUUUGCCUUAAAGAAACAUAUAUUAGAAUUCUUAAAUUAUAUUGAAUUCUUCUGUCUUUAUCGAAUGAUAAAAUUGUGCCUCAAAUUCCUCUUCUAGAUUUAAUAGCUGCUGGGGUCUAUGUUGGAUGAGCUAAGUGGAUCAGAGCAGCAAUUCCACCAACAUGUGGACAAGCCAUGGAAGUCCCUGACAUGACAGUGAAGUUCACUCUUCUAGAAUCUUCUGGAAGAGCGAUGGGGCCCAAGUUUUGAGGCCAGGCAGCGAUGAUGUUCACUCCAGGAGCAAGAUUGGAUUUGAGGAACAUAUAUCUCGAUGGACACAAUAACUGGAUUUUUACUGGCUGGAGUAGGCAAUGUGGAUUUGCAGAGAAAGACAAAUUACCUAAUUGUGGACUCAAAAAUAACUGUUGAGCAAAUUAAAGAAGCAUUCAAGGAGUUUACAACAAGAGAAGACGUUGCAAUAGUGAUGAUCAGCCAAUAUGUUGCAAACAUGAUAAAGUUUUUAGUAGAUAGCUACAACAAUCCAAUUCUAGCAAUUUUGGAGAUUCCUUCCAAGGACCAUCCCUACGAUCCAACACAUGAUUCUGUUCUUUCAAGAAUGCUAGUUGAUGAUAUUGGUGAUGUAACAAUUACUAAUGAUGGUGCUAUAAUACUCAAGAUGUUAUGUGUUGAGCAUCCUGCUGCAAAGGUGGAAGAAUAAAGCAUCCAUUUGGUUGAGCUUCAAGACCGAGAAGUUGGAAAUGGGACAACUUCUGUGAUUAUUAUAUCAGUCAAGUGAUCCAGCAGACAAUGAUGCAUGGGAAGAUAGUGACCGAGAAGCUUGACAA